GUUCAUAAUCUAAAUAUAGUACACAGUUUGUUCAUGAUAUUAAAUAUAUUUGUUCAUGAUAUUAAUAUAGUACACAGUUUGUUCAUGAUAUUAAAUAUAGUACACUGUCAGUUUGUUCAUAAUAAAAAGAUAAAUUUAGUACACAGUUUGUUCAUGAUAUUAAAUAUAGUACACAGUUUUACACAGUUUGUUCAUAAUCUAAAUAUAGUACACAGUUUGUUCAUGAUAUUAAAUAUAGUACACAGUUUGUUCAUGAUAUUAAAUAUAGUACACAGUUUUACACAGUUUGUUCAUGAUAUUAAUAUAGUACACAGUUUGUUCAUGAUAUUAAAUAUAGUACACUGUCAGUUUGUUCAUAAUAAAAAGAUAAAUUUAGUACACAGUUUGUUCAUGAUAUUAAAUAUAGUACACAGUUUGUUCAUAAUAUUAAUAUAG